AUGGGUAUCACCAUGAAGGCACAGAAACGCCCUCACGCUUCGACGGAUACGGACGAGGAAGUCGAAAUGCCCUCGAAGAAGCACCGUCCUGUCUCGACCAACCCCAGACCAGUUUACUAUCCCUCAUUUUACACCACAAUAUGCAUCUACUCAUCCGAAGGGGUCGCCAUAAUCAACAAGGUCUGUCUCGACAUUGGCUUCUCAGCAUCGGGACCGGUUGGCCAUAUCAAUCCGAGCACAGUCGAGAAGUGUAAGCUGGAGAAAUACCAACACAAGGCCGCCGUUCGGGUUGCCAGCGGAGAUUUAUACACGACGUUGUACUGCGUCAAGGUGCCACUCACAUUCGAGACUGCUACAGGCAAUAUCACCGUGCCAGAUGUUGAGCUGAGGGUGAACCUGCACGACUGCUCCUCUGAUCAGAUCCUAUUAGAAACGGGCGUUCUGCACCUCCUGGGUGGUGUGCACGACCAUCGUACAAAUCCUCCGAGCUUUCAAGUGACAGAUCCGGAGACCGAAAGCCUGGUCUUGCUGGAGUCAUGCUCGGAACGUGACAAGAACCACACCGACGUGAUCUGGAAGACCGACCAAAACCUCUAUCUCAACCACAUCUUCCAGCAGCCUGGAUUCGUACAGUUCGGCACGAAGCUUGCCCUCCCCGAUGUAGCACUUGAAGCUGUAGCGACCUCGAUGGAGCUACUCGACUUCAACCCGAAUGCUCCCCAAAUGAUCCAGAAGUUUCAGGUUCGAAAAGACCAGGCUUACGAACAUUUCUUCCCCUUGUGGCAAGCAGUUUACGUCUGGGCGUUGAAGGAGGAUUUUGUGGUAGAGGUGGAUGAACUGGUCGAAGCUGGGGUUAAGGGCGCAGAGCUCGAGGAAGCCAGAGAGAGGUUGACUAAGGAGAAGCACCAACGCUUGCGGGAGUGGAUGAUGAAGUAUGAGAACAGGUCGGGGUUAAGUAAUGUGCUUCGAGAGUCAGGGGAGCGAAGUGAUCGGGGUCAGGAGAAGGGGGACACGCAAUGA